UUUCUUCAGCCCUCGCACAGAUUUCUGUCAGAUUUUAUGACGUGCACGUUCCGCACACAGGGUUGCUGUGCGCUCCUGAACGCACAGCUCCCUCUGCAGUUUGUACAGCUGAAAUUUUCCAUCCAGUGCAGGAAAACCGUCCCACCGUCUGCUGAGUCCAACCGGCAGUGAGGACGCGUCCGGAGAUCACACACGCGCGCUCACAACCACACACAGGCUGUGGCGCGCAGACGUGCCUCCUGAAAAAAAAAUACGCGGCGGACGCGUAAUUACGCACGCGGCACAGAUUAACCAGCAGGACUGUCCAUCAUCUGGAGCUGGGAGGCUGGUUUACUGCUUCCUGCGGACGAUCGGAAGGGGAGUAAAAUGUCUGUGGAUACUUGAGGAGUGACGACAACUUUCCUGUUGUUCGGAACAAAGAGAGGGAGGGAAUCAGCAAUGCGCGCGGAUCGAAUCCCCGCCCGGGAUUUGGACGUUUAAACGCCGGCAGUUUUGCAGUCCGCACCGGCGACACCGGACGAUGUUGUCCGCGGAGAUGCGGCGUUUGCUCCGCUCCGUGUUUGUGGAUGUCGCGGUUCGGUCGUGGAACCUUUGGCUGGCUGUGAUUGGACCAGACACAGACUGGGGCUGACUGAUGUUUGUCCAGAGGAAAUGUUUUGGGGAGGGGAUCAAUACUGGCGCAGGAGAAGAGGGGAGACGCCAGUCUUCUCCAGUACCCAUGUGAGGACAGAGGACAACAUGCGACAAGGAUUCCUUUUAUUUUUACUGUUCAAAACAGGACACAAAGCGAUUUCCUCCGUCUGACAUUGAUGUUUCAUGUGUUUUGUUGCCUUUCCAAACUGUUAUAAGUGGAUAAGGAUGAUGUUGCACUAAAAUUUCACCCACUUUUUGAUGCUCGUGCACAGAACAUGUUGAUAAUGCAUCAUAUUGUGGACUAAAACGCUCCUCACCAACACCUGGACUUGUUUUUCUGAAGCCAAGAACGAAACCAACACCUCAGAAAUGUACUCGCACACACCUGGCAACAUGGCAGUUAAGUGUUUCCUGUACUCUGUGUGUUUGCUGCCACUUUUUGCAGCCGGAGCUGCUUUCUCUGGGGUUUUCAACACCACAGACAUUUUUACAGACGACUUGCUGCAGGUCAAACAGGUACAGGACAGAACAACACGGCGGUGGAAGCUGCAGUCUGCUGAUUUUCAUCCCAACUUGUAUUUUAACCAAGCGGAUGUUUUGCACUUGAGGCAAAGGUCCUUCACUACCCACAGUCACAUAUUUAAAGUUGUGCGUGCUGCCGUGCUUACCAUGCUCUCCAACGUUCCCUUUUACUUGCCUCCCGCCAAACACGAGGAGUUCACCAGCAAGUGGAAUGAGAUUUAUGGGAACAACCUGCCUCCUCUGGCUCUCUAUUGCCUUUUGUGCCCAGAGGACUCUGCCGCCCUGCAGUUUCUGCUGAAGUACAUGGAUAGGAUGGCGGAAUAUCCGGACUGGAAGGUGACAAGUGCGCCUAAUGAUGAGGUCCCCAUGGCUCACUCCCUCACCGGGUUUGCUACAGCCUAUGACUUUAUUUACUCUUUCCUGGAUGAAAAGCGACAGGACGUUUACCUCACGAAAAUUCGCUCUGAGACCGAGUCGCUCUACGAGCUCUCCAAAUACAGAGCGUGGGGGAAGCAGUACUUGCAGAACCAUCAAACCACCAAUGUCUUGGCCAUCCUCACCGGUGCGAUAGUAGUUGGAUCACAUGACGACCCGGAAUCAAUGAUUUGGAAACAAGUGGCAGUGAACUAUAUGGAGAAAACCAUGUUUCUCUUAAACCACAUUGUUGACGGGUCACUUGACGAGGGCGUUGCCUAUGGGAGCUACACAGCCAAGUCAAUAACACAGUACGUGUUCUUAGCGCAACGCCACUUCAGCAUUGACAACAUGCAGAACAACUGGCUGCGUGGACACUUCUGGUUUUAUUACGCCACGCUGCUGCCGGGCUUUCAGAGAACAGUCGGCAUCGCGGACUCCAACUACAACUGGUUUUACGGGCCAGAGAGCCAGCUUGUGUUCCUCGACACGUUCGUCAUGAUGAACGGGACGGGAAACUGGCUUGUUCAGCAGAUCCGAAAGCACCGACCCAAGGACGGCCCCAUGGGACACUCGUCGGCCCAGCGCUGGGCUACACUUCACACAGAGUACAUCUGGUUCAACCCCCAGCUCACGCCACAACCUCCACUCGACUUUGGCAAAGCAAGGAUGCAUAUUUUCUCAAACUGGGGUGUGGUUACUUACGGAGCGGGUCUGCCCAACGGACAGGGUAAUACUUUUGUCUCCUUUAAGUCUGGCAAACUGGGUGGUCGGGCGGUUUAUGAUAUAGUCCAUGACAAGCCGUACUCCUGGGUGGAUGGGUGGAACAGUUUUAACCCGGGUCACGAGCAUCCAGACCAGAACUCAUUCACUUUCGCUCCUAACGGGCAAGUAUUUGUGUCUGAAGCACUUUAUGGUCCAAAGUACAGCUACCUUAAUAAUGUUUUAGUGUUUAGUCCGUCUCCUACUAGCCAGUGUAACAAUCCAUGGGAGGGGCAGUUGGGAGAGUGCGCCAAGUGGUUGCGCUGGACAGAUGAGGGCGUGGGUGACACCAGAGGGGAGGUGAUUGUUGCCUCCUCCCACAGGGACACCAUGUUUGUGAGCGGGGAAGCAGUGUCAGCUUACUCCCCCGCCAUGAGAUUGAAGAGCGUCUACAGAGCGCUGGUUCUGCUCAACUCGCAGACGUUACUGGUGUUCGACCACGUGGAGAAGUGGGCCGACUCACCGGUCACGUCAUUCAGCGCGUUCUUCCACAACCUUGACAUCGACUUUAAAUAUGUGCCCUUCAGAUUCAUGGACAGGCAUAACGGCGCCAUGAUGGAUGUGUGGGACGCCCAUUAUAAAAUGUUCUGGUUCGACUCGCAGGGUCGUAGCCCUGACACGAGGAUACAGGAGGCGGAGCAGGCGGCAGAGUUUAAAAAGAGAUGGACGCAGUAUGUCAACGUGACGUUUCCGAUGACGUCCGCAGUCAGUCGAGUAGCUUACGUCUUACACGGGCCGUAUGUCAAAGUGUCCACCUGCAGAUUUAUAGACAGUAGCAAGAAUGGCGUGAGACUGUCGUUAACCUUAAAUAACACCGAGAAGAUCAUCUCCGUGGCGACAAAAUAUAAAGAUAUAGGUGCGAGAUUGGCUUAUUUAGGAUUUGGUGGUCAUUGCAAAGUGGAGGAUAGAUAUCAAAUUACUCGAUAUGGGCUUGGCACCCAACCGAUCCCCAAACCCAUCAACAGUGACAAUCAGCUCUUUGACUUUGGACUCACAGUCAAUCUGAUAGCAGGGAUUAUUCUCUGCAUGGCCAUUGUGUUUUUGACCACGCAGAGAAAGUUUUACGUCUGCUUCGGCAGGCUGAUGCGUUAUGUCCUCCUCUCCGUGCUUCUCCUGUGGAUCACUGAGCUGCUGUUUGUGUCCAACAGCUGUGAUCAGCUUCUCUGCGGGGUAAAAUGGAAAGGCACGGGUGCCAAAAGCGAAGCAAACAAACAAAUCAGACUUUACGAGCCGCACCGGCUCCCCCUCCCCAUCGUCGUCAUAACAACCCUCCCCGGAUCGGGGUCGGAAAUACUCAAGCACCUUUUUGACAACAGCUCUGACUUUGUUUAUGUAAGAGUCCCCACGGAGCACGUGGACAUUCCAGAGACCGAGUUUGAGUUCGACUCGCUGGUCGACGCCUGCGAGUGGUCACGGUCGGAUGCCGCGCGUGGACGGUUUAAGAUUAUUCAAGGCUGGCUGCACUCGCUGGUCCACAAUAUCAAGCUGCAUUUGCAAAAUAUUCAGCUGGUUGAGCGGAGUCGGGUCAAACAGCCACAGAACGCCAGCCCUUCCAGGGACAGAAAGAGAAGGUCUAAAAGGAGAGAACCUGCGUCUGAGCUGAGGGGUCGACUCAGGGCGAGUCUGGACAGAGACGCGGAGUACGUGAGAGAGAUGAGACGUCAUGUGGCUGAGUAUCCGAAUUCCCGUGUGGUGCUCAACAUGAGGAGUGGAAGCUGGGUGCUGAAGCUGCCGUUCAUUCACGAGGUUGUGGGACCUUCGACGAGGAUGAUUUAUUUGGUGCGAGACCCUCGAGCAUGGAUUUAUCUCAUGGUAUAUAACAGCAAGCCCAGCCUUUACUCCCUUAAAAACAUCCCUCAGCACCUUUCCUUGAUAUUCAAGGAGGGUGCCGCUGGCAACGGGUGCCCGACUGUGGCACCGGAAUUCAGAAUCAUCCAGAGGCUUCUGUCACGCUCGGAGACCAACCCGGUCCUCAUCCUGGCUCACCUAUGGGUGGCUCACACUGCAGCGGCGCUGAGGGUCAGCAAGGACCUCCCCGAGGAGUCCUACCUCCAAGUGAGGUUCGAGGACGUGGUCAACUUCCCCCAGGAAACAGCCGAGAGCAUUCACACCUUUCUGGGGAUUCCAGUCUCACCCGCGGCACUCAACCAACUCAUAUUCACCACCUCCACCAAUCUGUACAAUCUGAUGUACGAGGGAAACAUUUCGCCAGCCAACAUCAACGCGUGGCGGCAAAACAUGCCUCGAAAAGACGUCCGACUGACAGAGGACAUAUGUGGGAGUGUGAUGAGGAGGCUGGGUUACUCCAAGUUUGUCAGUUAACCUGCUGCUGAGGUUGUCCUGUUCGCCGGAGCUGCCGGCUAGGAAAAGCUGUAGUUUGCACUGAACUUAAAUUUUAAAAGGUGACACAAGUGGGGGACAAACUUAAACUGGGUAGCAUUACUGUUCAUAAUCACGUUUUAAGUGUAUGGGUGCAGGACUGUGACAUUACCACUCAUUUGUUGUUUGAAAAAAAGUAUAGUUAUUUCUUGGGGAAAAAUGGGAAAAAUGCCUUCAGAUGUCUAUUUAAAUUACUUGCUUUGUUUAAAUGUUAGUCCAAAUUGUUGUCCUUGAAUUGGUUUUGAAACUGUUUUAUCUCAAAUUUAGCCAGCCAAAUGAAGUGUAAACCACUGAGAUAUAUAUAUAUAUAUAUAAACACUUUAAAAUGAUUAUAUAUAUGUAAAACACUUCAAAAUAUUUGAUUAUACUGUUGGAUCAAAUCAGCCAGACAACCACUUUAAAGGGGUCAUAUUAUCCAGAUUUCCAGCAAGCUAAUGAAGGUCACUGGCUGUGCUUAAAACAGAUAUUAGUUUGGAAACACCCCCGCCCCCCUACACACAUAUACUGUAUUACUGCUGUGAAAAAAAUCAUCAGAUAUCUAAGAAACACUGAUUGUCACUUUAUAUAUAACAGAGAAUCAGAGUGUGUCAGAGUGUGACAUAUGUCACAGAAGUGCAAAAUGAGCUGUUUCUGAGUUGAAUUGUACUUUCAGUGGGAGCAUUUCCAAAGUUGUAGUAUCAUGGGUUUUUCACUAUGGUUGAAAUAAGAUUCCAACCCCAUCAAAACUGUAAAACAUAAAUGAAGUGAUAAAAUACAAUUUCUGCAUAAUAAGACCUCUUUUAAAAAUGUUACUGUUUGCCAACCACAGUUUAAUAGACUAUCUGGAUUAAAAUGUGUUCUCAAAGGGUUUAAAGUACAUUAUCAUAGAAAAAGGAGUACAUUUUUGCAUUUAACUGUUCAAAUUAAAUGUUUUUCACCUCAUCAUUUCAGGUCUUUAUGUUAUUAAGGUGCUGGGAACAGUUGGUUUCAUGAGUAACGUAUGUUUUUUGUACAUGCAAAGAUGUCUUUAAAAAGUAAUGACACUAAAUUUCAUCAUAAAAUGUGUUGAGAUUGUGUCCUUAAUAUAGAUGACAAAGAAAUCAGUCAUUAGUGGUGUCCUAUCAAUAAAUUAUAAAGUUUGCAUGCAGUACUGUGCAAAACUCUUAAACAACCCAAGGUUUUUAUAUAAUAAUAACAAAUUUUAUUUGUAUUGCACUUUACAUUUCAGCAAUCUCAAAGUGCUACAGAACAGAAAAAAAACAAUCAAAAUCAAUGCAAUUAAAAAUGGUCAAGGUCAAGGAGAACCCAUAAAAUAUAUUUAGCAAGUUAUUAAGUUUUAUAAACAUGAGUCACCGUUUUCCCAGUAGUAUGGGAAUAUCAAAUUUAAAAUUUCCAUGUUAUAUUUUUUUAUUCAAUAAACCUGUAUUUAAAAAAAAGACAAUAAUUAAGUAUAUUUAAUUCCAAUUUGUAGUAUAUCUAGUAUAUAAUUCAGUAAUAUUCAAAAAAGAAAUCAGAUGAUGUUUGCCAAAGAAAAAAUCUGAUUGUUAUUUGAUAUUUUGGAAAGCCUCGUCAUUUGUACAGCACUUAUGCUUUUCUUGUUUUUGUACUACACUGAAAAAAAGAACCAACUUAAAAAAGCCUUACAAUUGGUAAAACCUGAAUGAAUCAAGUUGUUUGAAUUUAAGUUUGUAAGUUUGAGUUGAUCUAGAGUUGAUCUAAUGUAUUACUGAACUUAUUUAUUUGGUACACAACUCGUCAGUAAGAAAACUGAUAUACAAGAUAAUUCCACAGUGACGUGUGACCAAAAAGGGGGUGAGUAGAAGCAACUUACAAACUUAAAUUCAAACAGCUUAAUUCAUUCAGGUUUUACCAAUUGUAACACUUUUUUAAGUUGGUUCAACUGUUCUCUUUUUUCCAGUGUAAGGUGGGGUUUUUUUUGUUGUUGUUUUCUUUUUGCACAGUACUGCAUGCCAUACUGGCUUUGUUUUGAGAAACAGCUGGGAUUAAUUAUUGUGUUAUGAAGCUUAUUCAGAAAUAUGGCUCAUUAAUUGUGUUGUAAUUUGUAGUUGAAGGAGCCAGCUGUAAAUUUUCACUCCGGCUAAUUUGGCUGUGGUGAAUUUUAAUAUCUGAAUUGCUAUUUUUCUUUAAGAGUGUAGAAUAAAAAUAGCUGCAAUGUAUGAGCUUGUUUGCAAAGAUGAUAAAAGUAAGAAAACAAAUAAUCUUGUGGUUUUGAAAAGAAACAAAGCAAAACACUACACCAGUUGUAUGAUGAAUUUUAUUUGAAGCUCAAAGGUGUUGCUUUAUCAGUUUAGCACUUUGGACUUUUGAUUGUAUGUGAAAUUCUAUCUGUUUUCAUGCCUUCUAAUGGGAAUUUCACUCUGUGUACUUGAUUAUAAACCUAUGGAAGAAAGAACGACAUUUAUUUAUUUACACGUGUCCCCAAAGAUUGAGAAUAAAUGUGCUUAUUAUAAUUCCUUUUGGCGCUGAUUGAAUUAGAUCAAAGUGUGUAACGGGAUCAAGAAGAAAAAACUGUCAGCCUUGACACAUUUGUAGUCAAUUUUCAAAGCGUUUCCCCCUCAGCUCCUCAUAUUAAGCCGCGGCGUGCCAUAACCCAGCUUUUGUUUUAUUGCCAUGCUGCCGUCGCAAAGGCCUGGAGGAAAUGCAAACAGCACCGCCAUCUAUUUUGUGUCGCAUUCAAUCAGACAUCAGCAAUCGUUGAACGAGCUGAACCCAGAUUCCUGGUUUGUAUCAGCCCAAAUCUGCUGGGUGAUGUUUUGCUCUUUGGCCGAGCAUGUGUCACUUUGAGCCCAUUUAAAAAAGAUUCCUUUCGUGUUUGGUUCGUUUCCUGUGAGCACUGAAACCGUCGACUGGCUCGAAAAGCCUGUUUGAUGUCUGUGGUCUUUGAAUGCCUGCACUUAGCGGAUGUGCUUUCAUUUUGCUCGUAUUUGUUUCGUAUUUGCUCGUAGGGAUGUAGUUCCAGUUUCUGUGGACUUGAAUUACAAUCAUUUUCUUUAUGACAGGUUUUUUGUGGGUUCUGAAGCAGAAGGUGGAGAUCAUGUCAUGCAAAUAAAAAAGAUUCAGAAGUAU